GCUGACAGUCCACCACGCCGCUCAAAUGGAGCGUGUGGGAUGAAACACUAAAACAUUGUGUGAGAUCUUGUGCAGUUUCGCCAACGUUACAAACACAUAGACCUGGUGGCUGACCGAAUCAUAUAAUUUCCUAAGUUCGCUGAUAGUUGGUCACACUGUGGACUGUGUGAUCACAAACUUGACGUGACAGCAGUUGUUAUGGCAGUAUGUUUAUCAAGCGUUAAAGGCAGUAAUUAUAUUGGUGUUACCUUUUUGUACACCAUUAUUUUCACACAAUGGAAGGUGGUGGGAAAGUAGCCGUAGAAGAAUAUGUUGAAAAUUUCUUAGCCGAGAAUUCUGCAUUAAGAAGAAAGCUGCAGAGUAAGGCUGAAGCAUUGUUAAUUCUUAGCAAGGAAUUAGACCAAUGCCGAACAGAGAGAGACCAGUUUAAGUUGAUGGCGGAGCAGCUUCAAGAUCGAUAUUCUGCUCUCAAGAAAAAAUCUCACGAGAUGGGUUUGAGUAAGCUGUCUUUAUAUUAUGAUGGAAUUGAUUCAUAUGGUGCUAAUGCUCCAAGCAUACUACAGGUACUAGGGGAGACCAAAGAACAAAAUAAAGCACUCAAAAUGGAAGCAGAAGAUCUGAAACAAAAACUUAGAGAUGCUCAAGGUGAUAUAAAGGUACUCAGAGAGCACUUAAAUCAGCAGCGUAAUGCUCCGAUUGUCAGAGAUAAUGAAGCAUUUCCUUCCCACCAGAGGGAAGAAUUAGUUCAGCAGUUGGAGACACUGAAUCAAAGGUGCACACAGAUGGCUCUUGAUCUUCAGGCUGUUCUGGAUGAAAAGGAGGAUUUAGUGACAGAACGAGAUGCAUACAAGUGUAAAGUUCACCGACUGAACCACGAACUCCAUGUAGUUUUGAAGGGUGACAGUAACAAGGUUAUGGACGUUGAUGCUUUGGUCAUGGAAAAUAGAUAUUUACAAGACCGACUGCAACAGUGUGAAGAAGAAAAAGAAUUGUCAAAUCAGACAGUCAUGAAAUAUAAGAGCAUGUUGGAUAAGAAACGCAAUAAGGGAGCUGUGAAACUGGGAAGUAACAGCAGCACUGGAAUGAUAAUGUCUCAUAAGCAAGUGCAACAACUUCUUGAAAAUGGCACUGCUACACAGCUACCAAAUACUGCAGCCACUGUGGCAGAUCUGAAAAGUCUCUGCCUUGCACUUCUUGAGGCGCUGGGUGACAAGACUCUGGCAUUGUCACAUCAGAAAAAAGCUAACAGCUUUGGAACAGCCAGCCAUAUUCUGAGAAAGCUGUGUGAUGGACACUAUAGCCUUCCUGUCUGCCUUCUAAACUUGUGGAGUGCAGCAAUGUGCAUAUUGCCAUGGACAGUAGCAGCUGAAGAAAUACAACUUGGACAGCAAAGCUGUGCACUGCCUGCAUUCCCUCUACAGUGAACAUAUUUUGUAAGAACUUGAGUCUGAAGCAUUGGCCUAUAUUGAUGGGGACACUGUAUCAUGGUCUGAAAACUGACUACUGAAAGUUCUGGGUUCCAUACUUGCUUAAAUUGAGGCCACCAUUGGGAUUAUGUCUAUGAUCUGAUGAUUCAUAACUCAGGUGUGUGUAAGAUCCUGUGUGUGUGUGUGUGUGUGUGUGUGUGUGUGUGUGUGUGUGUGGACUCUCACGUAUUGGACAAAUGACACAAACCAUUCAAGAACAAUGCUUGUAAAUAUUAAUGAUAAACCUUCCUGCUGAAUACUUGCCUCCACAUCAUUCUUCAAGGAUUUGAUCAUCAAGGAAACUGUUGAAGCCAUCAAAGGACUGAAUCACAAUGGCGGCUCCAAUUUCAGUAGAGUAUGGAAUAUAGUCCUUUCAGCAGUCUGCUGUCAGAAGCAAUGAUAAUAUCCCCUUAUCAAUAUGGCCUAAUUCUAUAACUAGAGUCCUCCACCAAUGAUAUCUGUUGCAGACUGCAUCCAGUUAGUUCAUAGCUCUGCAACCUGAUUGAUAUUUCUUUAGCUGCUAUUGUCUGCAGCCACAUGCAUGUCUUAUGGUUCGCUCCAAAGACAACAGGGCAUUUGCAGCCAAAAUAUCAGAAAUGGAGAAGAAUUGUUACAGCUGCAUUCUCAGAACAUGGAUCAAAAGGUGUACUGUUCUACAUUAUCAUCAGACCACAUAACACUAAAAGAAGUUGUUAUUGAUUGAACCAGUACUACCAAGCAAGGUGGUGCAGUGGUUAGCACACUAGACUGGCAUUCGAGAGGAUGACAGUUCAAAUCCACAUCUUUCUAUCCUGAUGUAAGUUUUCCAAGAUUUCCCUAAAUCACUCCAGCUCCACCCACUGGGUCAUUCAGAGGGGCAUAGGCAAUUUCCGCCCUCAUCCUUGUAACAUUUCAAGCCAAGGGUGCUCAUACCUGGAGACAAUGGGAGGGGUGGGGGUCACCCACCAGCCCCUAUCUCUUAGGGAAAGGAAAAAAUAUAGUUUAUUAGGUAUUUUUCUUUCAAUAAAAUGAUUCAAAAGCCAGUAUUAUGCAGCUUUUUGACAGGACCGGAACUGUAACUUUUUUAUCUCUGCUUACAAGUCACCACUCAUCUUCCAAAAUAUUAAAAAUAUACCACACCCCCAGGUCUAG